UCAUCUCAUCUGUCAAGGGCCGGCUUGAAAUUGUGUUCCUCGUGUGUGCUCUGUACGCGUUUUGCCUCAAACAUUAAAUUUUUGUUCAGAAAAAAUUUCAUCAUCCUACAGUAUACAAUUUUUAUUGUACCUUUUACUGAAAUAUCAAUAGGAAAUUAUUUCAAGAACGGUAAGAGAUGUCUUGGCUAUUUGGUUACAAAAGUCAAGUGCCGCAGAUGCCUCCCGGUGGCGAUGGAGCACCUGGCGAACCUACGGGUACGGCCGGGGACAUUGCUGGGGACAAAACGCUUACCAAAGCUGAGCGGAAAGCGAUGGAAGCAUAUCGAUUUGACUCGUCGGCUUUGGAACGUGCAGCAGAGGCGGCACGAACUCUGGAAAGUUCAAAGCACUCGCGGGAAGCUUUAGAACUAUCCAAAUUACAAGAAGUCACAAGACAACAGGAAUAUAUGGCCAAAGUUAAGGAGUAUGAGGCACACAUUGAAUCCUCUAAAGUGGAACAAAAACGCGUAGAUCAUGAUGAACGUCGAAAAACUCUGGCUGAAGAAACGAAACAGCAGCAACAACGGGCGCAAUACCAAGACCAGUUAGCCCGGAAACGCUAUGAGGAACAAUUGAGUCAACAACAGCGUGUUCAAGAAGAGAAUCUUCGAAAGCAGGAGGAAAGUGUAGCCAAGCAGGAAGCAAUGCGAAGACAAACAAUUGAACAUGAAAUGGAGCUACGCGAAAAAAAUAAGAUGAAGUUAUUAGAAGCGGAACUGCGUGCUAAGGCAAAGGUUGAUCGAGAAAAUCGCGACCUUACAUUGGAACAGAUCCGAUUGAAGGCCGAAGAGAAUCGAAUCACCGUCAUGGAGGGUAUUAAAACAGCUGGUUCUGUAUUGGGUCAAGGAGCAACCGCUUUACUUUCCGAUUGGAAUAAAGUGGCUACGACGGUGGGUGGUUUAUCAUUACUCGCAUUGGGAAUCUACUCUGCGAAGGGCGCAACCGGUGUGACGGCUCGUUUCAUAGAAGCCAGAAUAGGCAAACCAUCUUUGGUUAACGAGACUUCUAGGUUCUCACUGUUAGAAACGUUGCGCCAUCCGAUUGAUACAAUAAAGAGAUUCAAGGCUAAACCGACAGACGCUUUGCAGGGUGUGGUACUUCAACCUAAAUUGGAAGAACGUUUACGUGAUAUUGCCAUCGCUACUAAGAACACCAAAAACAACAAAGGUUUAUAUCGCAACAUUCUCAUGCACGGACCACCCGGAACUGGAAAAACCAUGUUUGCCAAAAAGCUAGCAUCGCAUUCGGGGAUGGAUUACGCUAUAAUGACUGGUGGUGAUGUCGGACCAAUGGGUCGUGAUGCAGUGACAGCAAUUCACAAAGUUUUUGAUUGGGCGCAUACCAGUCGACGUGGUUUGCUUCUGUUUAUUGACGAAGCUGAUGCUUUCUUGCGCAAGCGAUCCUCUGAGCGAAUUUCCGAGGACAUGCGAUCCGCAUUGAAUGCAUUUUUGUACAGAACGGGCGAGCAGAAUCCACGAUUUAUGCUAGUGUUGGCUUCCAACACCCCGGAACAGUUCGAUUACGCAAUUAACGACAGACUGGACGAAAUGGUUGAGUUUACUUUGCCGGGAUUGGACGAACGCGAACGUUUGAUACGGUUGUAUUUUGAUAAAUUUGUUCUACAGCCUGCAGCCGAGGGUAAGAAACGAUUCAAAGUAGAGCAGUGGGACUACAGUGCGGUUUGCAGCAAAAUGGCUAAGACGUGCGAGGGAAUGUCCGGUCGAGAAAUAUCCAAAUUGGGGGUGUCUUGGCAAGCGGCUUGCUACGCAUCGGAAAACGGUGUUUUAACCGAAAAAAUGGUUUUGGAUCGCUGUGAAGCGGCUGCUCGACAACACAAACAAAAGAUGGCCUGGCUUUCCGAGCAGGAAAAGCUAGACCACAAAUCGAUAACAGGUGGUAAAGGAUUUCUGAUCGAAUCUUAGGAUAAGUAUACUAAACUGUUUAGUUUAUACUAAAGUAACAUGAAGAAUAUCAUGGCUGGGCUCGAUAUUUUAUCUUCCAAAUUCAAUCAAGCUUCCUCUCUAUUGAAAAAAGUGUUUCUGACAUGGUUAGUUGAGAUUGUUGUCAUUUUCAACUGUUGUGUAGUGGGGAACAUGUUUUUAACAGAGGGCGAGCUCGAUUGGAACGAAUCAUUUCCAUAUACGAGCAGAAAAAUGGUAACGUGACUCGGUCUAUCUGGUACAAUCGGCUCAAUUGUUCACCUCAGGGAAAUUUAUAUUAAACUUCUUCGAAUAAUAGAGCUCGAGUAUUAUUACCGAUUGUACUUGAAAAAAUUGCAUGCAUUUAGCGUCAUUUGCAUUAUCUACCGAUUGUGUUCGCUGAUAGAUUACCAGCUACUGAUGUUCAUUAAUUUUAACGUCAACUUCGUCUAACUGCUACUACAAAUUGUGAUCAAAUUGGGGGUUGAAAAGUUAAAUAUUAAAAAUUUUAUUGUUUAUUGGUGACCAAAUUUGUUGAAAAUAAUAUUGUGAACUACCAUCCAUAUGAUAAGUUAAACACCGAAUUUCAUCUUCCUGUGAAAAUCGGAUUUCUCAUGGUUUAUGCUAGAACAUAUGUUCGAUCAAAACUCAAAACAGAAAUUCCUAUCAAAUAGCUUCAAAUCAAAACGUAUUAUUAUAGCGCUAAUGGUUAACUUGGUUAUGGAACUUAGGAAAAGGUCUUUAAAUGUAAUGAGCGAUAUUAGUUUUCUCAGUUUAGGGAAAUAAGUUACAGAGCGAAAUUUCCAGUUUAAUGAAAUAAUCAAUUUACCUAUCCGAUUUUUGCCUCCGGAUUCAAACUUAUUACUACAUGGUCAUUUGAACAAUAUUAAGCUCGCGAAGGCGAAAAUGAAGAAUGUGACAAAAUAUCAAUAACUUCAUAGGUACAUUGUAAUCCAAGACUACGUUAUGUGUUUAAAAUAUAGUGAAUUGUCACGAUACGUCCUCCUGUGAUUGCAAAAUCAUUUUUAGGGGGAAUAUUCGAUAAUUGGAUUAGACCAUAGUAAAUCACAGAUCAAAGAUUCAUAGCGAGAUUUGCGGAAUGACACGGCAACAAUCUAAUAAUAAACCUUUGAUUAAAAUUUUA